AGAGCCCGUCUUGCACGGCGACAAAAGCGACGUCUUUCCUUCGAAAGAAUGAAGGAGUUACAACAGACAGAGGGUCAUCUAUACCACAAUAUGGGCACCAAUAUGGGCGACAGUAUGACACAAAAUUACCCCCUCCUAGGACCAUCAGAAUCGAUCCUGUUCAACCAGGUAGAAGCCUAUGGCUACGAGUCCGAGACAUUUGCCCCCUUGGCCCGCAGCGCACCCUCCAUCGAUGAGCCAGUGCACACGAAAGUAGCCCUGUUGCGGGAGUCCUCCAUGGAGUCAACCUACGAGUCGCAGCACACAACCCUCGGAAACGGUCAAGGCGAGACUGACAGCAGUGAGUCCGAUGGCCAGACUGGCAAUUUACGCAUCCAUCUGAAGAAGAAACUGGUUGAGGUACUACGCAAAAAACCGCCCGAAAAUAUGGACGCAACACUGGGCACGGAAAGUCACAGCUAA